CUCGAUGAGGAGGCCGCGGGAGCGAUGUUGAGCUGGCUGCCGCUGCUUCCCCCGAUGGCUCUGCAGACGACGCACAGGGGCGGGUGGUGCCGGGCUGAGCGGGAGGCUGGGCUCCGCGGAGGAGGAGAACGAGAAGGAGGAGGCGGAGGCAGCAGCGCCUGUUUGCCGCCUUCAGUGACCGAGCCGCUCCUGCUGCUGGGCUGCUGCCUCCGGCCCGAGGACCCCACCGAGCGGGGUCUGCUCCUGGCGCCGCCGCCGCUUCUUCUGCCGGAGGAGGAGGAGGAGGAAGAGCAGAGGAGGAGGAUGAUGGCCAUGGCGGGCGAGGGGCAGCGGCGGAAGGCGCUCUCGCUGCUCGAGGCGGCCCGCUGCCGCUACGAGAGCCUCCAGAUCUCCGACGACGUCUUCGGAGAGUCCGGCCAGGACAGCAGCGGCGCCGGGAACCCUUUCUACAGCACCACGGCCGAGUCCCGCUCCGCCUCCGAGGAAGAAGAGGAGGAGGAAGCCGCUCGGGCAAGCAGGGAAGGGCGCGGAGCCUCCCAAGGCAGGAGAGCCGGCCAGCCAGAGGAGGAGGAAGACGACCAGGAGACCCCGCCGCCGCCUUUGCCGGCUGGUUGUCCGCCGGAGACCGAGCAGGAGGAGGAAGAGGAAGGCAAGGGAGGAUGGGGCUCCGGGUUAAAGGAGGCGCCCAGCCCGGCUUUCCACGAGAGCAGCGGCCCAACACGCAAAAUGCUACCUACCGCCAGCGCAAUGGACUUCUUUCAACUCUUUGUCCCUGACAAUGUGCUGAAGAAUAUGGUGGUGCAAACGAAUAUGUACGCCAAGAAGUACCAGGAGAGAUUUGGGAGUGAUGACACUUGGGUGGAUGUCACUUUGAUGGAAAUUAAAGCUUUUUUGGCAUACAUGAUAUCCACAAGCACUCACCACUGUGAGUCUGUCCUUAGCAUUUGGAGUAGCGGAUUCUAUAGCAACAAGAGCAUAGCUCUGAUCAUGUCCCAGCCAAGAUUUGAGAAGAUACUCAAGUACUUCCAUAUCGUGGCCUUCCGUUCCAGUCAGACAACACAGGGCCUCUACAAAAUCCAGCCCUUUCUGGACUCUCUGCAACAUAGCUUCGACUCUGCUUUUAAGCCUUCCCAAACCCAGGUCCUCCACGAGCCUUUGAUUGAUGAAGAUCCUAUUUUCAUCGCCACCUGCACAGAGCGAGAGUUACGGAAGAGGAAAAAGCGGAAAUUCAGCCUCUGGGUUAGGCAGUGCUCAUCUACAGGUUUUAUAUGCCAGAUCUAUGUCCACCUGAAAGAAGGAAGUGGGACCGAAGGCCUGGAUGCUUUGAAGAAUAAAACCCAGCUCCACAGCAUGGUGGCCAAGAGCCUUUGUCAGAAUGCUGCAGGGAAAAACUACAUUAUCUUCACUGGCCCCAGCAUCACCAGCCUGAAUCUCUUUGAAGAGUUUGAGAAGCAAGAGAUUUAUUGCUGUGGGUUGCUCAGCACACGGAAAAGCGACUGCACAGGCCUGCCCCAGUCUAUGCUGAACAAUCCGGAUGUUCCACAGACUCGAGGACAACACAGGAUAAAGAUGAAAGGAAACAUGUCAUUGAUCUGCUGGUACAAUAAAGGCUAUUUUCGGUUUUUGACCAAUGCUUAUUCUCCAGUUCAGCAAGGUGUUAUAAUUAAGAGAAAAAGCGGAGAGAUUCCCUGCCCACUGGCAGUAGAAGCUUUUGCUGCUCAUCUUAGUUAUAUUUGCAAAUAUGAUGACAAAUACAGCAAGUACUUCAUUUCUCAUAAACCAAACAAGACCUGGCAACAAGUUUUCUGGUUUGCCAUCAGCAUUGCCAUCAACAAUGCCUACAUCUUGUACAAAAUGUCCGAUGCCUACCAUGUGAGAAAAUACAGCCGAGUGCAGUUCGGUGAGAGACUUGUAAAAGAGCUGCUAGGCUUGGAGGAUACUUCACCUUGUCAUUGAUGGAUCGUUCCUGGUGGCUUAGGUUAGGAUGGGAGAGUGGAAGAGAAGAAGACUGAGAAGAAGAAGAUUCUGAAAUGCCAAAAUAAGGAGCAUCACAAAAUGACCAGGGAAGCCAUUCGCGUGUUUGGGGUCUUUGACAAAGGCCCACUUGAUAUUCAGAGGGCUCUGAAGGGAGCAACAUCUGAAAGCUGCACAUAUGAAUGCACCGUGGGCACUUGUGCAUUAGAAGUGAAUUUAUGUUCGUAGCUAUUUCUUAAUACUAUUUGUCAAACAGGGUGUUAGUUGUUGUGUGAGCCCCCUUUCCUCCCCCAUCCCCCCCAUACACUAACACAGCUUGACAGUUAAGACUGGGCAGUACAUAUUCGGAUUUGAAUAGUGUGAUCAACACACAGUGUCAAGCGAGAUGUGCUGUCUUGUGGCUGUGAAUGUUCAGCAGCUGGGGAGGGGUCACCAAGUCGUCUCUGGCAGAAAAAUAUUGAAAAAUGUAUAAAUCUAUUUUGCAAGCCUAUUGUUAGGCAACAGCAACAAAGUCUUAGUGGAUUGAUGAAGAUUUUAUUUUCUUGCAGUGCUUUUGGAUCAUAGGGGUAAAUGAAAGCAAUUUUUUUAUAUAAAUGAGUGGUCAGAAGCCGGAGGAGCUUACCAAUCCAAACUAAAGUCAUGUUGCCACCUCUGAAGUCAACACAAGCUUUGGGGUUGACUUCAGUGAUGUCAUAUUAGGAACAUGAGAUUACAAUUUAAUUGUAACAGCAUGUCCCAUUACUUUUCCAAAAAUGAAUCCGAUGAUAUAGUGUGAGAACUACAAAAGUUCAUUUGAAUUUUGAUUAUUUUGAUUUAAUGUCAGUUGAAUGGUUGUAUAAACACUAGGCAUGGGCAAUCCAUGGUUAUAAAUAGUUCUAAAGUACUUACAAAACUAGCGGGUGCUGGUGCUUUGCUUCUAAAGUGUU